CAACACCCUCCCCCGGGCCAUCUCCCCGUCAUGAUGCCCGCCAACGACGGCCAAGUCCAGCCCGCCGUCCUGCUCAUCGACAUCCUCGGCACCCAGCGCUCUCUCACGACAUUCUUCUCCCUCUCGCGCCUUCACGAGGACACCAGCGACCCGCUCUCCGACGACAAGACAAACACCACCGUCCUCGCGCCAAACAACAUCGUCAUCGAAAACCUCCCGCGGAAACCCUGGGAGAACCCCGACGACUAUGACUCCCUAGGAUCGCAAGCCUACGACGGAUCGGGCGGCAAGGACCGCGCGAACGAGAACCUGCGGAAAUUCGUCCAGGCGCAUCUGGUCGUCGGCACGAGUCCGUGGGAGGCCGGCGUCAAGGUGAAAACAGCGGCCGGAACGGAGAUUUGGUGGGAGGCCAAGAAAGACGACAACGGCGACGAGAAGCGAGUCAUCAUGCCGGAUGGCGUAGAAGUAGACCGUGUUGCCAGCCGAGUUGCCAAUGGCGAGGUG